AAUAGAUUUAUCCAAAUUUAUUCUUGGAAAAUAGGAAGAACUUACCUCUCUCUCUCUCUCUUUCUCUCUCUCUCAGUUUUCGUUUCUCCAUCACUGUCACACAGGUCCUCUCUCCUUUUUUUAUCUGUUUGGUUGCCGAGAAAACGUAGGAAAGCUAUAAUAAUAAAACUUAGGGCUCCGUUUUUGCUCUCUCGGUAACAGGUAUCUGAAUAAUCGAGACCAUGGUUUCCUUUGAAAUGAACGAUCGAAAGAAAAUUGGGCUAGGAUUGACGGGAUUUGGCAUAUUUUUCUCAUUUCUGGGAAUUAUCUUCUUUUUUGACAAGGGACUGCUUGCCAUGGGAAAUAUCCUUUUCAUAUCAGGAGUGACCCUAACCAUUGGUCUGAAGUCCACCAUGCAAUUUUUCAUGAAGCGUCAAAAUUUCAAGGGGACAAUUUCUUUUGGUGUUGGCUUCUUUUUUGUUGUCAUUGGAUGGCCUAUCUUUGGCAUGAUAUUGGAGGCAUAUGGAUUUGUUGUACUCUUCAGUGGUUUUUGGCCGACACUGGCAGUGUUUAUGCAGAGGAUACCAAUCCUUGGUUGGCUGUUCCAACAACCAUACAUCAGAUCGUUGUUUGACCGAUAUCGGGGUAAGCGGGUGCCUGUAUAACCCCACAUAUCAGAGAAAGUGGAACAAGUUGCAGGCUAGUUCACUUGUAAGUCUUUGUAGAAUACUGGCUGGAAGAAGACUAUUUUUUUUUCCUUUUUUUUUAAUGUUUUUUUUCAUAUGGUGGUGAUGUAGAAAAUCAUUCUUAUAUGACGGUGAUGAAAAGUUUUGUUUUUUAUUAAAGAAAAGGAAAAAAAAUUGAAAAACAGAAGUAAUUGCUCUGGCUUUA